AGCACGUUUUAUUGCAACAUGGCCGCUGGCCCCAUCGCCGAGCGAAAUCAAGAUGCCACCAUUUAUGUGGGAGGCCUGGAUGAGAAGGUGUCGGACACCAUCCUGUGGGAGCUGUUUGUCCAGGCAGGGCCAGUAGUAAAUGUGCACAUGCCCAAAGACCGGGUGACUGGCCACCACCAGGGUUAUGGCUUCGUGGAGUUUCUUGGAGAGGAGGACGCUGAUUAUGCCAUCAAGAUCAUGAACAUGAUCAAGCUGUACGGAAAGCCCAUCCGUGUCAACAAGGCGUCAGCACACCAGAAGAACCUGGACGUUGGUGCGAACAUCUUCAUUGGCAACCUGGACCCAGAAGUGGACGAAAAGCUCCUCUACGACACCUUUUCAGCAUUUGGUGUCAUUCUUCAGACACCCAAGAUAAUGCGGGAUCCAGACACGGGCAACUCCAAGGGGUAUGCUUUCAUCAACUUUGCCAGCUUCGAGGCGUCGGAUGCAGCCAUUGAGGCCAUGAAUGGUCAGUACCUCUGCAAUCGGGCCAUCACCAUCUCCUAUGCCUUCAAGAAGGACUCCAAGGGCGAGCGGCACGGAUCAGCAGCAGAGCGUCUACUAGCUGCACAGAACCCUCUGGCUCACUCGGACCGACCCCAUCAGCUGUUUGCCGAUGCGCCCCCCGUGGGUGGGCUUCCCCCGCCACCAUCCGUGGUUGGCCUUGCCCCGCCUCCCCCUGUGUCUCUGGGAGCCAUGCCACCUCCACCUGGGGGUUUGCCAAUGCCACCAUUGCCCACUCUUCCGCCACCACCGCCCAUGCCUGGCGGCAUGCCUCCGAUGCCGCCACCUUUCCGACCAAUGCCACCGUUCCCACCCGGCGGAAUGGCCCCACCACCACCACCUUCCAUGGGCAUGCCUCCGCCUCCACCGCCGAUGCACCAGCCGCCAUUUGGCAUGAUGCCUCCUCCGCCAGGGGCACCUCCACCACCAGACAGGAUGCCGCCCCCACCACCUUCGCAGAUGGGUCCCCCUGGGAUGCCCCCGCCAUUCCCUCCUCCGCCUGGCAUGCGGCCACCACCUCCACCGCCACCACAGUUUGGUCAAAGACCACCGCCGCCACCACCGCCAGGAUUUGGCAUGCCUCCUCCCCCUGGUGCACGGCCGCCGUGGCCCCCAGGUCCCCCAGGUGCACCGCCACCACCUCCACCACCGCCACCAACCAGUCACAGCGGACCGAUGCCACCACCCCCGCCACCGAUGCCCUCGGGUCCACCACCACCGCCGCCACCACCCACCAGCUCCUGAGGCUGUGUGGUACAGAAUGGGGUUGCUUUGCUUUUGUGCAUAUAAUAAAUGGUUCGGGGCACUGGUGUUCACUUGGCCAAUCUGCCUUAAGGGGCCCUGCAGCACUUUUUGCUAGUAGUCAUGGAAUGAAUUGACAAAAGAAACUUAUUGCCUCACGGAUUGACUGCUGCAAAAAUCUUAGAAUCCCUCCAGUACAAGCAAUUGCAGCAAAAAUGCUGCAAUUGCAUCCUCUCUUUUCUCAUCCUGACGAAAGCUCUGGAAAGUAAGCAGAAAGGGAUCGCACGAGGAAACAAGGUACGACAUCAUCAUGCUUCGUGACCUUGAGCACUUUUUUCUUUCUCUCCCUCUUUUUUUUCAAACGCAUGACUGCUCAGUGUGAUUGCACGUACAGACAUGUCACAGUGGCUGGAGUAACUCCCGAGUGCUCAUAGGCCCAAGUAUCGGCCAUUUGCAUGAUACUUGGACCUAUAGCACAAUGAUUUUGGCGUAUUUACAUCAAUUGUCGGAAGAAGAGAAAGCAGUUUUUAAAUGACUUUGAGAAUUUAUUGUACUAUAAUAUUUUGCUCUAUAAUAUUUGACUCGCGUGACCACUGAUUGGCAGCGUUUUCUGACAACACAAAAAAAAAGUGUUGCGGGGCCCCCUUAAAAUGCAGUUUCGUGGCAGCAGUUUGCCGUGAAACCACACCAGAGCCAGUCAUCUCAACCAUCUUCUGUUGUUCACCACCAGCGAAACCUACUAUGAUAAAGCUCUUUAUCUUCAAAGGUGCCCAAGACAAAGAACAAAACAAAAAAAAUGCCCCCACCUUUCUGAAGAGAAUCAUGAGGAAAUGCAAAUGCAUUGUGUAGCGCCCAUAAUGUUGUUUUGCAUGUGAGAAUACAGCGUUAAAAAAAUAA